UCUGGUACCGUGCUUCUUAAAAGGAACGACUGUCUUUCUUUCAUCGGUCUACUUACCUACUUCUUACCUACUAUUCAGAUUCCAGGGUGCCCAGGACGUUAUCGACUAUCCAGCAUGUGUCAGACGUUACCAAAAGUAGUCCCCGGAGGCCAAGAGACUUUGUAGUUGUCAACAUAUAUAUAGCAGGCGCUUCCCCGGUAUGCAACAUAGACGGGGUUGUCGUUGUCUUCCAAACUUCGCCUAUAGACGUCUUCUUUGGGGGGAUGAAGGAUUAGAAUAUUUGGAUGUCUCGGCUCUCGAUGGCUCCCCGUACUACCGUAGCAGGAUUUCGGGCCCGGGGGGCCAAUGGCAAGCAGCAGGUGACCCUAUCGACUUCCUUGGCCUAUGUCAACCUCGCGAUAACCGCUGCAAUAUUAUAUUUCGGGGAUUCUCGCUAACGUCAAGUUUUAUCUUAUUGACAACGAUGAAAUCGCUUCAAGAAUCUGACUGCUUACAUCAAAAGUUUGUUAUCUGUGGGAGAUGCCGUGAAGUUGUGCAACCUCCACGUCGUGCGCGUGACAAGAGUCUGUGCGACCAAUUGCGGCUAAUGGACUUUGCAAGAAAAGUUGUCAGGGCGCUCGAGGUUCCUCAUACUCAGGAAGAGGGUACUCCCUCCGGCCUGCAAUUUGUUUCAAGUGAUGACCUGCUACCAGUUCCGGUAGAGGAAAGGACGUGGACCGCAUUCAGUUAUGUCGCUUUCUGGGGGAGCACAUGGAUGGUAACCUCUGGCAUGAUCGUUCUUGGCAUGUCAUGGUGGCAAGCCUGGCUGUGCAUUUGGAUUGGUUAUGGUAUUAUCACGCCCUUUGUCGUACUGAUGGGUCGGCCGGGUGCUGUAUUCCACAUAACCUUCCCUGUCGUCAACCGUGCCAGCUUCGGAAUAUUCGGAAGUCUGUGGUGUAUAUUUAACAGAGCGACACUGGCUUGUAUCUGGUACGGAGUGCAAUCAAGUAUUGGCGGUUCAUGCGUCUUGGUGAUGCUUCGCGCAAUUUGGCCAAGUGUUAAUAAUAUCCCCAAUUCCAUGCCGUCGUCCUCUGGCACCAAUACGAGGGAUUUCAUGUGCUUCUUCAUUUUUUGGGUUAUAUCUUUGCCCUUCAUAUGGCCUCCCGUGCACAAAAUUCGCCACUUCUUCACCUUCAAGACGAUCGUUGCGCCCAUUGCCUGUCUCAUCUUUAUGAUUUGGUGCAUUGUCAAGGCCAAAGGUGUUGGACCGAUUGUCAAAGAGCCAGCAACUAUCCAUGGCUCCGAACUGGCCUGGGCCAUGAUCAGUGGUUUCGGCGUGUGUAUCAGUAAUACCAUAACGCUGACGACGAACGCGCCAGAUUUUGGGUCACGGGCGAGGAGUCCGUCCGCACCUGUCGUUUCCCAGCUUUGCUCAUCGUCGAAAACAAUUUACGGGGAAACAAUUUGGUCACCUGUGGAUUUGCUAGGAAAAUUCUUAGACGAUAACCCAUCCCCUGCCACUCGAUUUGGUGUGAGUUUGAACACCGGAUGGCAUUUUGCGCUGAUGGGAAUUCUCUGGCAUAGCUCAUGCUUUGUACCCUGCCCCAUUUUUAGAACGAACAUUUCCGCUAAUUCGGUCAGUGCGGGGUGUGAUCUGACGGCGCUAUUUCCACGUUUCAUCUUAAGUUCUUUACUCUGUGCAGUUAAUAUCAGACGCGGCGGGUAUAUAUCAGCCAUUGUCGGACUUGUCAUGUGUCCCUGGAACCUUGUGUCAAGCAGCAACCGUUUUGCCUCCUAUAUGUCUGCGUACUCGGUUUUCCUAAGCGCGAUCGCGGGAGUUAUGGCCACUGAAUACUGGCUUGUGCGCAAGGGCCAUUAUAACGUCGCUGACCUCUACGUGACCCGCAAAGGGAGUUGGUAUUGGUACAAUUAUGGUUUCAAUCCCAGAGCAUACGCAGCAUAUGUGGCAGGCAUCGCCAUCAAUGUAGUGGGCUUCGCUGGGGAUACUGGAACACCAGUACCGGCAGCUGCGACUCACAUAUUUGAAUUGUCCUUCUUCACAGGAUUUGGUACAUCAAGUAUCGCGUACUACAUUUUGAACAGGAUAUUUCCAGUUCCAGGAGCUGCCGAUAUAUUUGAGGAAAUAGAUGUAUCUGGGUAUGAGAAAAGGAUGAUGAGGAGCGAUGAAGAUACGAACUCAAAGGACGAAUAUAGCACAGAGAAGGAAUCGUCUACCGCAUAGAUUUAACAGUCUUCGUGAUCCGUUGGUUUUCCUUUCCGCCCAUCGUGUCGGCUCGAACGAUCAGCGUCUCCUUCGUGAUGCACACAGUCAUGGGCUUCAUACUGCAGAAAAAUGAGAUGUACGGAAAAUUCGAGUCACAUGUCUGGCUUGUGUCUGGCUCGAGUUUGGCU